UGAUGUAAGAGCAGAAUAUGGACGAUAGAGUCUCCAUCUUCCACGACGAGCCUCUUUCUGGAAUGCAUCUUCUUCUUUAGCUCUUUGCCCCCUGUGCAAACUUCGUCUAAGUAAUAAGUAUUGGCCUAGCCGUGCGCCAAAAUGGAAGGGCAGCAAAAACAAGGUAAAAAAGGGGCCAAGAAACAGAAGGAGAAAGCAGCCAAAUCAAGUGAUCAAAACCCUAGCCAAGCAGCCACUGCUGAAGAUGCUCCAAAAAAGAGCAAGGCUGAAUUAAAAGCAGAAAGGAGAGCAUUACAGGAAGCUCAACGUGCAGCAAAGCUUGCAAAAACUGGAGGAGAAGUAGCACCAAAGGCAAAACCUGGAGCAGAGAACCAAAACCAGGCAAAACAGAAAAACCAGGACGGAACUGGCCAAAAUGCACACAAAAGACAGGAUUCAAGAGUAUCAUACCAAAUUCAGAUGGAUGAUGAACGGGUCCAGAAAAAGGAAGCGAAAAAGCUGGCUAGACAGCAAGUUCCAAUAAGAAGCAGGGUACAGAAAAAGGUUAGCUUGUUCUCGCAUCUUCAUCAGUACGAGAAAGACACUUCAUUGACGAAAGAAAUCAGUUCUAUCUCUGGAGCCAUUCACCCAGUCAUAAUCAAAUUAGGAUUGCAGUAUGCUGAAGGUAUCAUCUCAGGUGCCAAUGCUCGAUGCAUCGCCUUACUUUCAGCGUUCAAAAAGGUGAUUGCAGAUUACACAACACCGCCUUCAAAAGAAAUAUCAAGGGAUUUGGAAGCAAGAAUAAAACCGUACAUAAGCUUUCUGACGCAAUGCAGACCCCUUUCCGUCAGCAUGGGCAAUGCAAUAAAGUAUCUUAAAAUUCAGAUUACAAGCAUACCCCCUGGCACUCCUGAGCAAGAGGCCAAAGACUCUUUAUUAAAAUGUAUCGAUGCAUUUAUCAGUGAGCGAAUUAUUCUGCCUGGUGAAGCAAUUUCAAAGACUUAUGCAAAUACAAAAAUUAAUGAUGGUGAUGUUAUUCUAACUUAUAGUUGUUCUUCUUUGAUUGUAAACAUUUUGAAAGACGCUUAUGUAGCUGGCAAGAAGUUUCAAGUUAUCGUUGUCGACUCAAGACCAAAAUUUGAAGGUCGCGAAACCGUUCGUAGGUUGUCAAAUAUUGGCAUCAAAUGCUCGUACGUGCUGAUAAAUGCUGCAUCGUUUAUUAUCAAAGAAGUGACAAGAGUGUUCCUUGGCGCCCAUGCAUUGCUGGCUAAUGGUUACGUAAUGUCACGUGUUGGCUCUUCGAUAAUCGCCAUGGUGGCAAAAGCUCACAAUGUCCCUGUUCUUGUUUGCUGUGAAACGUUUAAGUUUUGCGAAAGAGUACAAACCGAUGCCUUUGUAUUCAACGAGCUAGGCGACCCAGAUGAUUUAGUCGAGACUCGCAUUUCGAAGACCGACGGCAAUAUUUUAGAAGGUUGGAGAGACAUUUCUUCUUUGUACUUGCUAAAUCUUGUUUAUGACGUCAUGCCUUCUAGUUUUGUGGACAUUGUUGUAACUGAAUUAGGCAUGAUCCCGUGUACAUCGGUGCCUGCUGUAUUGAAUAAGAAAUCAUAACCAAUAACCUUAUGAAUGCU